UGCAUAACCAGAAACACAAAAGAAAUCUAGCAAUUCUUAACUCUGUUAUCUCAUUCUUCCCACUGCAAUUUAUCAAAUGGAAAACAACAAAUUUCUAGCCUAUUUUCUCUUCAUUUCCCUCACCAUUGCCUUAACAACCGCUUCCCGGAUGCUCGACGAGGAUCCCGAGGCUCCGGUGGUGCCACCAGAGCCAUUCCCCACACCAGUAGCAUCCACGCAGCCGGGUGUUUCUGCAGGCACGGGUUCCACGCCAACGGUUAACUCUGAUGGUCAUACCUUAACCUUUUUCAUGCACGAUAUUCUUGGAGGGUCAAACCCUACAGCUCGAGCUGUAACAGGCAUUGUCAGCAACCCGGCAGUCAACGGUCAAGUUCCGUUCGCCAAACCCAACGGUGCAGUCCUCCCGGUUAGCAACGGGGUGCCUCAAAACAACAACAACAACGGACUUAUUAAUAACAAUAACCUACCUUUCCUCACAGGCCUAAGUGGUACCACAGCAAAUGUUGUGUCACAAAAUAAUGGUAAUAAUAAUAACGGAUUUAAUUUCCCGGUCGUUAGCGGAGACAGCCUUCCGUCAACUCCUCAACAGCUCAUGUUCGGAACCAUGACCGUGAUCGAUGAUGAACUAACCGAAGGGCACGAUUUAAGGUCACAAUUUGUUGGCAGGGCACAGGGGUUUUACAUAGCUAGUUCUGUUGAUGGUACUAGUCAAACUAUGGCAUUUACAGUUAUGUUCCAAAACAGUCAUUAUGAAGAUAGUCUUAGCUUUUUCGGGGUUCAUCGGACCGCCGUGUCGGAAUCUCAGCUUGCUAUUAUGGGCGGCACCGGAAAAUAUGUGAAUGCUCAGGGAUUUGCCAUUGUUAAGACGUUCCCGGCUACUAAUCAGCAUGAGACUGAUGGUAUAGAGACUCUGCUUGAGUUUAGUGUCUAUGUUACAUACUAAAUGUUUGUGUUUGAUAUUUUAAGUUGUCUUGAGUAUGUUGUAAUGUGUGCUUGUUUUUGAAAUUUCAGUUUGUUUGUUUUUCAUGAA